AUGGAGCUAGUGUAUUCACCUGAGACUGCAGACAUUCAGUCACAGCCUGCUUUCCCACUGUCUCCCUCUUUUAAUGAUCUUCCCACACUGGGUGAUGGCGAGUGUUACCAUGUCUUCAUUAGCUACAGCAGCACCGACUACCAGUGGACCCACUCCCUCAUCCACCAGCUGGAGUCCUUCGGCUUGCAGGUCUGCUACCAUGAGCGUGACUUCACUCCCGGCCGCGACGUGUUGGAAAACAUGUCCGACUGCAUCCAGGAGAGCCAGAAAGUCCUGCUGGUUCUCAGCCCAGAGUUUGUGAGGAGCCGCUGGUGUCUCCUGGAGGCCAACAUGUCUUUGUUCAGAGACUGCCUGCAGAGGAAACCCAUCGUCCCAGUGCUGCUGGAGCCAGGAGUCUCUGUUCCUCUCCACCUUUGCCACCUCAAGUACCUGGAGGCCAACGACCCGGACUUCAAGACUAAGCUGCUCAAGGUGCUCUGCACCCCCAACCAGCAGCUUCAAGGGUCCACUGUGGUGCCCUUCCAGCCUCCUUCUAUCUACAAUGGGAAGGCCCUGCAGCCUUUGAUUGCUGUCAAUGAUGAUGAACUCAAAGAAUGGAAUUGUGCUCAGUUCAGUGACCUGGAGGUGCCAGACCAACUGCGCCUGAUCAUUGAGGACCACGAGAAGUACAGAAAGGCUGUUUGA